CGUGCGUGAAAACAAACAAGCAAAAACUAAACAUCAACAAAACUCUUGGUGAAGUAUCUCUCAAUCAUCAAAUCAACAAAAUCAAAAAUAAUGUCAAACACUUUUCUCAUCACAGGAGCGACAGGUAAGCAGGGGGGAGCCGCGAUUGAUGCUCUUCUCUCUGCUCCUGGCUCGUCUGAUAUUACUAUAUUUGCUUUAACUCGCAAUGUAGAAUCGGCAGCGGCAGAGAAGUUGUCUAAGAAAUCCGACAAGAUCAAGCUCCUUCAAGGUGAUUUAGAUGACUGCCCAGCGAUCUUCGAAGCGGCCCCUCAGCCAAUCAAGCGUGUUUUUUGCGUUACCAUGCCCAACAUCGGUUUUGGUAACACGGGCGCGAGCGAAGAAGAAAAAGGUAAAGCUCUUAUCGACGCAUCAUUAAAGCAUGGCGUAGAACACUUCGUAUUCACAUCUGUGGAUCGUCACGGCGAUGAUUCCGAUAAUGAUCCUACCAAUAUUUCUCAUUUUAUCAGCAAGGCCAAUAUCGAGAAAUAUUUGAAGGAGAAAAGUGCAGGGACGCAGAUGUCAUGGACCAUUCUGCGACCUGUGGCAUUUAUGGAGAACUUCGCUCCUGGAUUCGCUGGCAAGGUUUUCACAACCGCUUGGUGUGCUGCUCUAGCUCCAACAACAAAACUCCAGCUCGUCGCCACUGCCGAUAUUGGAUAUUUUGCGGCUCAGGCAUUGCUCAAGCCAAAGGAAUAUAAUGGGCGUGCCAUCAGUCUAGCGGGCGAUGAAUUGACAUUCGGGGAAGCGAAUGAGAUAUUUCAGUCGAGACUUGGGAAAGAUAUUCCGAAAACAUUUAGUUUCCUUGGGUCAACUCUUCUUUGGGCUGUAAAGGAUUUUGGAUUGAUGUUCACUUGGUUCGAAGAGAGGGGUUAUGGCGCCAAUAUCGAUGCUCUGAGGAGGGAGCAUGCGGGACUUCAAAGUUUUGGCGAUUGGCUGAAGACGAGUGGAUUGUAGCAAUGGUAAUGACAAAUCGUCCCGUGGGAUAUACGCGGUGCUAUUUUGGAGUUUGGGUCGUUAUACUUAUCUCUCUACUGUUACUAAUGUCGAAUUUGUUUACCAACCUCAUUUAGCUUGGAUUCAGGAAUGGUACAAAAAUGGGAGGCACUUACUUACCUAAACAGAAGUUUAUGUAACAAACG